AUGUCGCCUUUCCCAUCCAGGUGGGUGCUCUCCUCUUUGACUAUGCUCGGUCGACUUGUUUGGAUCAGUGAUAUAGAUCUGGCCCGUUUCAUCAUGGCUUCACAGGACGCUGAGCUAGGGGGUAUUGCCGACCGGCCUGGCAACUUACCCGACCCAUUCCACACCUUGUUUGGCUUAGCUGGUCUUUCCCUUCUUGCCAGAAAAGGCACGGCUGCUGCUAGUUUUUCUGAUCGGCUUACAGUUGACGGCCAUUCGGACACCCAGAUUGCUGAUUCUUGCACAGUUGAAGCACUCGCCGAUCAGAUUAGCAAAGAGACAGAAAAGGUGGACAAAUUGGACAGCAAGUAUCAGAUCGGAACGGCCAAAGGUGAUUCGGUGAGGGAACCUGCUGAAUCUACUUCUCAGAUUGACAACCUUGAAUCUGUUGCCGAAAAUAAGCUGCAAGCUGUCUCUAACGUGCCUCAGAGUAUUAUGGAAACAUCACUUUGUUUGGCUAUGUGUGGAAAACGCUUAAGGCCUAUCAAUCCAGUUUAUUGCCUCCCCCAGCACGUUGUAGACCGCCUUGCUAUUGAUGUGCCCUUGCUCCGAUAA